AAGAAACUUGUCAAGUCGCAUAAUUUGUUCGGCUGCAUUUCGAGGCGUAUCAGGAAAGAGUUUUCGCCCAAGGCAAUACCAAACCAAACCAAAUAAAUAUGAACUGUUUUGAGUCUGCAAAGCUGCACCAAAGCAUUCCUAGCUGCGUGGAGCCGGAGGUGAUGCCGAAACUGGAGAGCAUGGGCCGAUACACCAAUAAACUUCAUUGGUUCAAGAACAGUGUGCUUGGGAAACUGGCGGAGAAGAGGUACACAGCUGUGUUUAUGGGGCCCAUGAAGAAUCCGAAGUACUAUGAGACUAUCCAGGACCCGAUGGAUAUCGGAAGUAUUAUAGAGAGAAUCGACAAUCGGUACUACCAGAACUUGGCAGAGGCUGUGACAGACUUUCGAAUUAUGUUGGGUAAUUGCUUCCAAUAUUUCGCACGCGAUGAUCCGGUGUACAAAAAAGGCAUACAAAUGGCAAAUUUGUUCCUGGCGAUCAUGGAAAAUCGACCCCGCGGACCGGAGAUCCGUUCCACCAAGAACCCCCGUAACGCCACCCUGCAAACGGAUUACCGCAAGGUCACCAAGAGGGUCCUGCAACCGGAAACAUGGCAGAGCAAGGUCUGGGCGCAGCUGAGCAAGAUUCGGUCCCUCACAGACCGACUGGAAUUUCCAGUUGCUCGCUCUGUGAUACGCGAGCAGUGUGACUCUCUGGAAACAAAGCUGUUUCAGGGCCACUUUGCAACCCACGAGCAGUUCGCAGGAGAAGCACAACGCCGCUUCCACGAUUUCCGCAACUUUGCCCUACAAUAUCUACAAACCAAUUUCUAUUCGGGCUCCGCCAAGAAGCCGCGUCUUGAAGAGCCAAUGCACAGCCCUCUGAAGGACAGCCCUAACCGAAAAUCAGUUUGUGCCAGCUCUGAGUCGGUUUCUAGUUUGGACUACUCCAGCGACUGCUGCAGCAAGUCCUGCACCAACUCCAGCUGUAACGGCAGCUCAGACUCCAGCGUCAGCUCUUGGGACUCCUGGCAAAACUCUCCAACCCAUAGUGAGAAGUCCUAUAUCUCGAGCUCCAGCUUCAUCUGCGCAUCCAGCUCCAGCUCUUACUCUGACCCCAGCGACUUCUCCUUCUAUUGCUCUAGCGAAGAGUUCUCAAGCGACACCUCGAACUAGCAGGGAUAAGUCUUCUACCAGGAACGAGUACAAAUUUUUUCAAUUCCCACAAAUCAAAUAUUAAACGAAUUGCCAUUGCGGAGGUGGAAAAUCUCAAUGAUCCGCGCUUGCACUUGUUUUUCUCAUAAUAAACACUAAUU